CACAUCCACACACACAAGAAAAAACAACAUCCAGAAAAAUGGCUGAUCAACUCUCUAACGAACAGAUCUCUGAGUUCAAGGAGGCCUUCUCUCUCUUCGAUAAGGAUGGCGAUGGUACGAUCACCACGAAGGAGCUCGGCACGGUGAUGCGCUCGCUUGGUCAGAACCCUACCGAGGCGGAGCUGCAGGAUAUGAUCAACGAGGUCGAUCAGGAUGGCAGUGGCACCGUCGACUUCCCUGAGUUUCUGACGCUGAUGGCGCGUAAGAUGCAGGAUUCGGACUCGGAGGAGGAGAUCAAGGAGGCUUUCCGCGUCUUCGACAAGGAUGGCAACGGCUUCAUUUCGGCUGCGGAGCUGCGCCACGUGAUGACGAACCUCGGUGAGAAGCUUACCGAUGAGGAGGUGGACGAGAUGAUUCGCGAGGCCGAUGUUGAUGGCGAUGGUCAAAUCAACUACGAGGAGUUCGUGAAGAUGAUGAUGAGCAAGUAGGUAUAAUUUUUUUUUCUAAGAAGGGUUGAAUAAUCCCUUCACUAUAUAUGCGGUCCGAUACCACAACAACGACAGAAGGAGCAGCGCCGAAACAUUCACCCCAGUAUCUUUGUGCUGGUUUGUACGCGGAGUACCGUAAUGCUCUGGAUAAGUUGUCUGUCUAAGGAUCCGGUUUAAAGGAACAAAGAAUUAUUAUCAUUAUUACUAAUUUAUUAUGUUAUGGACACGAUGUAUUGAGAUGUAUUUUUCCUGUAUUUAGAAAUAUAUUUGAAAGA